AUGGAGAACUAUUCUGACGUGGUCGAUUUCCUCGUGGUGUAUCUGGAGGAGGCACACCCGCCCCAGUGGUGGCAGCGACCUAACAACUACAUCAUCAACAUUCACCAGAAUAUUCAGGAACGUAUCAAAGCAGCAGGUAUCCUCAAAGGACUCGGGGUCGACUGCGAUAUGGUGGUUGACCAGUUGGAUAACGCUGCUAACUGGGCGUACGGCGGGCAGCCGGAGAAAGUGUGUAUGAUUGAGAAUGGUAUUCUGACGUACGAGAGUGAGAAGGGUCCGUUCGGAUUCACCAUGGAAGAGGUGGAAAGGCGUCUGAGAAAACUUCAGGAAAAUUAA